UCAUCUUUGAUGCGCGGCUGGGGUUUGAUCGCAUCACAAAUUUGAAAUUCCAUCUUCAGACGCCGAGAAGAAGGCGGAGUGGAAGCGGCGGCGUUUCAAUCUUUGGAUAAGAUUCCUGACAGUCACAGGCAGCAGCAUCCGGUAUGAAUCUUUCGAUUUGUCCGAUCUGCGAUCUACCGGUUCCUUUCCUCGACAUACAGAGGCAUGUCGACAGGCACUUCGAGGAUGAGGAAUUGGCGAGGGACAUGGAAUUGGCUCAGCAACUCGAGUUUGCUCCCCCGACCCCUCCCGUUCUUCCGCAGAAUAAUCAGGAGAAGAAUGACAUCCCAUGUGAAACUAGUGUUCUUAAAAGCCAUGGAAGUAGUAUCUCAAGGCAUAAAGGUAGGAAAAGUGAUGGAAGAGAAGGCAACAUUGAUGAAAAGAUUAGUUAUUUAAUUGGUAUACAGAUCAGGGCACCCUUCUACAAAGUUGAAGCUGGUUUGAUGGCAUUAUUGAGAAAAUGCUUGGAAUUAGAUUCUGAAAAUUCAACAAGUAUAUUGUCAGGCUAUGUCGAUCAUUUUCAGAGCACUGAAACGGAGGAUGUUGGCUGGGGCUGUGGUUGGCGUAAUAUUCAGAUGCUCAGCUCACACCUGCUGGUGGAAAGACAGGAUGCAAGGGAGGCUUUAUUUGGUGGUUCAGGGUAUGUUCCUGAUAUUGCAUCACUUCAAAGAUGGCUUGAAAUUGCUUGGGAAAUGGGUUUUGAUGAGCUUGGUGCGAGCCACUUCAAUCAAAAAAUUUAUGGCAAAAAAAACUGGAUUGGAACUACUGAAUGUGCUACACUUUUGCGUUCUUUUGGGUUGCGUGCCAGGAUUGUGGACUUUGACAGCAAGAAUGUUCGAGGUGUGUCUUCUUCUCAUGAUCCUUGCGAAGGGGUGUCAUGUAUGAAAAUAUACGGACCAAUGGACAGAUAUCUGUCUAGAGGGAAUCUGAACAUCCACCAAGAAAGCUCUAGCGGGCCAAAAUGUAGUUAUUCUAGUAUCUGCUCAGGAAAUGAUGCAGGGACUUUUAUCUGGAGCAAAGCAGAUACACGGUCACUCAAGGGUCAUCAAGUUCUCAUUCAUUGGGUUUGGAAUUACUUCUCUGACAACGGGCUCACUAAAUUGGGCAAUGCUCGUGUAAUUGUCAGUGAUAAAAUGCCGUUGUACUUCCAGCAUGAUGGACAUUCAAGAACCAUUAUCGGGAUUCAAGUCAAACAGCAGCACAAAGGGGCGCUACAAUACAAUCUAUUAAUCUUAGACCCUGCUCAUAAAACAGCAGCUCUUGAAAGAUCUCUGCAAGAAAACGUUGGCUGGCAAAGUUUAAUAAAGAGAGGUGUUCACACCCUGAAGAAACCACAGUACCAGUUGUGUUAUAUUGAUCCUGGAAUUGCUGAUGAAGAGGAGAUGGAGCAGCUUAAGACCUUAGAUAGCUUCUAUAUUCAAUUUUAGAUAGCAUCUGAACUUCUGCAGUUCUCUUAGGUGUAUUCGACUGUGUUAUCACUUCUGUUGGUUUAGCAUCUCAUUUCAUGACUGUAAACAGUUGUGGUAGCUUCUCUUCUCUGCAUCUUCUGUCUGCUACCACGGAAGAGGCUUGUGUUCAUAGCCAACUGCCUACCGAGUUGGGGGUAGCAGGUGAUCUAAUCAAGAAACCCCUGGAUGAUGCCAACCAACCCCACAUGUAGGAUAAAUGCUUGCUAGCAUGGGCGUCCUCUUUACUGGUAAUGAAUUUGGCAAGCAAAUUUGUUUCAGAAACUUGCUUGAAGAAAUGUUGCACUGCGGAAUUUCAAUAGUUAUGUUUCUGAGUUACGACAGUUUCCCUGCAUUUUCCUUAUUAUUUAUUUACUUUUUUUCUGGGAGGGAAACGGAAUUAAGCUAACAUUUUCUGGCUUUCUGGAUGGAGAGAUAUGCAUAUUUCCAAUUUAUGUGCGCUAUAUCCUUGUAGCCUAUCUUCAAGUAGUUGGGAUAUAGACACAAGCAUUUCAAGU